AUGAGCGCGGCAGGCGGUGGUGUGGUUGCGGGGUGUUGGUGGGGGUUUCUUUGUUGGAACUCUGAUACAUGGGACAUCAGAUGGAUAUAUAUCAUUCCCGUUUUUGAUUUGUUGGGUGGAGGACACGUAAUUAUGACGAGCUUGCUGUAUACUUACGUCAGUGAAGGGGUGGUGGGUGAGAGUAACGAUGGGAAUGGAAGGUUGUGCGGAAAGGGAACGAUAUGGAGAUUUCAUUUCGGGCUCAGAGGAUAA